AUGCAGCCGCAACUGGAGUAUCAGAGCAUUCGGCAAAGGUGACCCAAGAAUAAGCUUGCACUUUCCUCACGUGUAAGGAGAAGUGACCGAGGCUUCUAAAGUGCCUAAGGUCCAAGCAACGCUCGACACGGGUAAACAACAAUUUGAAGAGGGAGAGUAUAUGCGGGUUCCCCUGUGAUUAAGGUGCCUAAAUACAUACCCUUUUCAUUGAACCACAGUCUAUUAAAAGGACAAAGUUCUCACUCUCUGGCAUCUCCCCGUUGAAUGGCGCAGGGUAUCCCUUGAUUACACCACACGACGAAGAGGUGGGCUGCCCUAGCAGGCUUAAUUGACCUUAUCGGAAAAUGUCAGUCGCAUUUCGGAAAACUACCCAAGUUAUAACAGUGUUCUGCCACACGGAAUAAAGUUUCUCGAGACGAAACCCAUCAGUGUCAGUAGUAUCAAUUCCCAUAUCUUUAGCGUAUACCUCAAGGGUCGUACUUACUCCCCGGUUUGUCUAUAACCUACCGCUAGCGAAAAUCGGCCGCACCUAUUCAUUCAUAUCAAUUUUGUACGAUCAUCGCCUUGCAUUUUAGCGUCUAGACGACAAAUCUCCAAGUAAUUCCAUAUGGGAACAGACUGUUGACAUUUCGAUAAAUCAUAGAUAAACUUCGGAGUUUCCAACUGGGAGCCGCUCUCUUUAAAACUCUACCAGAGUCCGGAAAUAUAGUUGCGUUUUCAUUUGACUGACCGUGAAGGCCAAGGAGGAAUCGAAGGUUUACAUUUGGUUAGCCAAACAUUUGCAUCCUGUUUCAACGCACACCAAUUGUCAUCAGUCAGUCAUAUUCAGCCCCAUGUGUGAAUCACCCGAGAUUCUACCCCGGAAUCUCUGUUAAUUGAGUGCAGCACUCGACUAUGGAGCUGCGUACGCCUGGUCCUGUCGGUUGUGAGUGGGCUAGUGGUUCAUUUAUAGAGUGUUGCACUCAAUAACCAAGGAUCCCCCGCUCAAAUCCUAGGUUUCCGCACCUGGAACUGGAUAUGGCCGGGCUAUGGCAGCUUAUAGGGCAGAAAUAGUCAUUCCCGUCUCUUUAGUCUUUGUCGGUAUUCUAAUACCACCAUAUAAUGCAUGUCGCCAUGCGGCUGCUUGCGAGGGCCGUAGAUUAAGCCGCAAGGCUUAACGGGGCGAGCGUGUCCCAUAACCUGACUGAUGUGCGUCACAUACUAGUCUGUUAGUGUCCCAAACAUAUUUGCUUGUAAAGGGCCAUUUUGUUUGGUAUUUGAAUACAUUCCUGUUCAGUGGUUACUAUCAGUUCAGCGACUGUUGCUAGUUGUGUGUCGUAGACGCUUUAUUCUAUAUUUCCCGAUUAAUGGUCUAAAAGUUUAAGGUUUCGUGACCUCGGAGGGUAUUUGUCCAAUCCACCUGUCUGGCAAAUUCUUCCAUCAUGAGGAUAAUGUUGAGGUGGUCAAUAUUGUCAGCUAUUCUCCUAGGAUUUUCUCAAGGCAUUCAAGCAAAUGGAAGCCGUCACAGAAGGGUCAAUCACUUCUACGCAGGAGCUCGUAUGUAUACGCGAUCAUGCGCAGCACGCAUAGACGAGCAGUCAAGUUUCGUCAGCCACUGCGUCACCGUUCGGGCAAGGAUCCGGUGAAGGCCCCCAAGAAUCUACGCGCGCAAGGAAUGCCUACUAUACGCGUUUAAGUAGGUCGUGUUUUAUUCAGUGCUAUACAAAACACGGAGUUUGCUCUCGGACGUUGCAUAACCUGCCAUGAACUUCGCUUGUCUUGUUCAUCAUGGACCUCGCUUUUCAUCGUGUUGAUUGGGCUGUUCAUCGUAGACUCCUGUACAUACUUUGGGAAACGAUCACAUGACUUCCCGCUCGUCCUGAUACUGCCUUCGCAUCGGAGAAAGGUGAGUGAGAGAGGUGGAUGUGUGGUAAAUGUUGCUCAAGCCUGCCUAACAAUAAAAUAAUGUACGAGCAAGUCAUCGAUGCCAUGGCCAAUCCAUGGCAGUGGCGUGAACGUCGUCGGCUAUGAUGGUCGAGCUGUCGGACUUAGAUGGUCCACGGCCUUCCAGAUGUCGUUUUAUGAGCACGCUGAAUAAUCCCACCUAUUUUCAACUUAACUAGAAUUCGAGCGCGCACUGGUCCCCAGAGUGAAUCUCAUCGGAACUUCCUACCAGACUGUGAGCCUGGUAGUCAUCUGGUGGAUUACUGAUGUAUUACUUAGGUAAUCCUGCUUGGGUAGUCAGCUGACUGUAUCAGAUUUGGUGGUACCAGAGGUUGCAGUAAGUUGGGCGGGUAAACUUGACCCACAUGUGAUUAAACUCGCGUCGUCCAGUGAGGCCUCGUAGCUCAAAUGGUUAGAGCGUUGGCUGUAAAAAAAGUCUUCUCCUUGCUGUCGUGGGUUCGAAUCCCACCAAAGCGCCGAGAUUUUCACAGGUGGAUCAAAGUGAACUACUGAAAGUUUGUCUAAUACUGACAAACGACUCCAGCCCCCAGGCGCUUUCAGCCUCUCUUCGAUGUCAAAAAACAUUCUGCUCACAGAUGGGCCUCUGGGCAUCUACGGAUCAAACGAGCUACCAAAGCGGCAGAUCCUCCGCUCGCCCCCGAAAACGCCUACAUAAUCACCCCUACAGCAGUCCCCACAGCGGCCACGACGACGGUGACCACUGCUGAUGGACUAACUAACUCCCGAUGUCUUGCUGCCUGUCGUUUCCAUGCGCUGACAACAACAACCGCCACACUUAUCGUCGGUGAAACUACUCCUAACGCCUUAGUAUCACCGCUGCCGCCGCCGCCGCCACCGCCACCAGCACCAUCCCCACAAUUAUCACUACCACCACCAUCAACACCACCACAACCUCCACCACCAACACCAGCACCACCACAAUCUCCACCACCACCACCGACACCACCGCCACCAGUAAGGCGGGCUCGAUGGCGGCCUGUUUCUAUGGCAACCACACUUUCGCGUCACACACUGGUCUGA